UGCCGCGUGCAUAAUAUAUAGACGUCGGUUCGUUGGCUUCUUAUUUCACUCUUCAAUCUGUUUAUCCAAGUGUAUCGAUCAUUACUAAUUACCGCUCGAUUUGUCAAUAUUACAUGCUGAUGAAAUUGUAAUUAACCGUCUAGCCAGUUUUUAGUUUUAAAUUUACACGUAUUUCGUUAAUUUUUUUAUUUCUUUAUAAUUUUCCAUACUGCAACCAUGAGAAUAAUGAGAAUCUUAUUUGUAACGGCGUUAUGUGUCAUGGGAUCUUUGGCCGAAAUUGAUACAGAAGAUGGCAUAAUGGUGAUAACAGAAGAUAAUUUUGAAGAAGCGAUUGAUGAAAAUCCUUACAUCGCUAUCGAAUUUUAUGCUCCCUGGUGCGGUGAUUGUACGACAUUUGCUCCAAAAUAUGUCGAAGUAGCAAAAAUGCUUGAAAAAAAAAAUUCUAAAAUACAACUUGGUAAAGUUGAUACAACGACAGAGGUCGAACUUUCACAAGAAAAUGACAUACGAAGUUAUCCAACAAUCCGGUUUUUCCGCAAUGGUGUGCCGAUAAAUUAUCCAGGUGAACUUGAGACUGAUGACGUCGUUGAAUGGUUGACAAAAAAAGCUGGUCCACCUGCUAAAGAACUAAAAUCUCUUGACAAAGCUAAAGCAUUCCUUCAAGCCCAUGAUAUGGUGGUCAUGGGUUUCUUCAAAAGUUUAAAAUCCAAGAGUGCUAAAGCUUUCUUAGAAGUUGCCAGCACUGACGGCGAGAUAGAAUAUGCUAUGACGAGUAACGAGAAAAUAUUCAAAGAGUUUAAAGCCAAAGAUGGUACAGUUAUUCUCUUCAAACCAUUUGAUGAAGGCCGUAGUGUUUAUGAAAAAAAAAUAAAUCCAGAUGAUUUAAGAGAUUUCAUUGCUGAGUAUUCACUUCCACUUAUAAUCGACAUGGAUCAGAAAAUGUCUGCUAAAAUUUUUGGUAGCAAUGUCAAAAGUCAGCUCCUUGUCUUCCUCAGUGAAGUAGCCGGUCAUUAUGAUGAAUACGUUGAAGAGUUCAAAAAAGCUGCGAAAAAAUAUCGCGGCAAAAUUCGUGUCGUUACCGUAAAUAUGGAUGAUCCUCAAUUUGAAAACAUGGUAAAAUUUUUCGGAAUGACGAAAGAAGAAAUACCUGCAAUGCGUAUUACAAAAAUGCUUGAUGCGGGCGUACAUAAAUACAAACCGGAAAAUCCUGAAUUGCGUCAAGAUAAUAUUUUGAAGUUUGUCAGUGCAUUCUUAGAAGGAAAACUGAAGAGACAUUUGGCUACAGAAGAAUUGCCUAAAGACUGGGAUGCUAAACCGGUCAAGGUUCUUGUCGGCAGUAAUUUCAAUAAAGUUGCCUUAGAUAAAUCGAAAAAUGUUCUUGUUGAAUUUUACGCUCCUUGGUGUGGCCAUUGCAAGGAGCUUGCUCCUAUUUAUGAUGAACUUGGAGAGAAGUACAAAAACAGCAAAAAUGUUGUUAUUGCAAAAAUAGAUUCCACAGCCAAUGAACUUGAAUCCGUAGAAGUCAGGAGUUACCCGACACUUAUUCUGUUCAAGAAGAAAACUAAUGAAGCUAUUACGUUCGGUGGUAAUAGAACGCUUGAAGAUAUCUCGAAAUUCAUCGAAUCUGAUGGCGUUUACGGAAGACAAGAAGAGGAAGAGGAAGAGGAAUAUGAAGAUGAAGAUGACCGAAGAAAGGAUGAGUUAUAGAUUUUAAGUGUAAACAAAUCGUUUUUAAUUAUUUCAUUUUUAUUUCUCAAUCAAUAUAGUUUAAUUUUAGUCAGAUAAUAUCUGAUAUCUUUAGCACAAAUAAGUGUAAAGUCUUUUUUUGUUUAAGAUGUAUACAAUAUUUUUUGCAAAAAGUAUUUAUAAAAAACAUGACGAGUGUAAACGUUUUUAUGAAUAUGGUUUACAAAAUUUGAAAACGUAAUUUAUCUAAUAAUUUUUUUUUUAGCUGUAUAAUAUGACGUAAGGUUCUCGAAUAGAGUAUUUUAGUAAAGUAAUUUAGGAAAAGCAGCUUUCCUGGUUUUUUUUCGGAUUAAUAAAUUUCAAGGUUUUUAUAAAACAAUGAGUUACAACUUUUAGAACAAAUUAUCAUGUCCUACUUAAAUCAGAGAAUAGUCAAUCGCACAAUGAGUCAAUAUUUAUAAUAAAGAUACAUAUAGAUAUAGUAUUGUGCUUGACUUGUUACAGACAAGCAAAAUAGCUAGACUUAUCAUUGUUAAAUGAGUAAAUUGAAUGAUACUAAUCUGCAUGAACUAAUAAUAAAUGAAUGUACUUUAGUAGCAAAAUAAAUUCAAAUAAUGACAAAACAAUGUCUUUACGAAUA